GCCUUCUCUAUGAUUUCGUUGUUUCCUUCUUUACCAUUGACAUUGUUGCGGGAAGAAGAAUCAGAGAAUCAGUAACAAAAUGGAUAUGCAGACUGACAUCGAUAGAUUGGUGUUCUUCGAAUAUGCUCGGAAAGCAGCAGAAGCUACCUACAUCAAGAACCCUUUAGAUGCCGAGAACUUGACGAGAUGGGGAGGAGCGAUAUUGGAAAUAUCCCAGUUUCAGAACCCUUCAGACUCAAAGCAAAUGCUUCAAGAGGCCAUUUCGAAGCUGGAAGAGGCGUUGUUAAUCGAUCCAAAGAAGCACGAUGCGCUUUGGUGCAUUGGGAAUGCUCAUACUUCAUUUGGGUUUUUGACUCCUGAUCAAGCCGAGGCUAGAGAUCACUUUGACAAAGCUUCUCUCUACUUUCAACAAGCCUUGGAGGAGCAACCAGAGAAUGAACUCUACCGGAAAUCAUUGGAAUUGACUUCUAAGGCUCCAGAACUACACACAGAGGUUCACAAACAUGGUUUAGGCCCACAACCAUUGGGUGGUGCCGCUGGACCAUCAUCAACCGGUUCAAAGACUAUGAAGCAAAAGAAGAACAGUGAUCUCAAGUAUGAUGUGCUCGGAUGGGUCAUCUUAGCCGUUGGCAUUGUUACGUGGAUCGGUUUUGCUAAAUCCCAGAUGCCGUCACCAAGGCAGUAACACUCACACCACAAGAGAGAUUCUAAAAGAUCAGAAACUUUUUUAUUCAUUUUCAAACUACAAGAGUUUCUCGUUGUUAACAGAUAUGGAGAUUACGAAACAGAGUGUCAGAAAAAACUUGUAGGAACUUCUUUAACUUCUGUUAAAUAAAAUUGUCUUUUGGAAAUGU